GGAUCAGGCUCUGAAGAUGGUGAAGAAAAUGCGAGCAGACAUGGGCAGGCACAGAGAUUUUACAGCCUCUAAAAUACAUCUUACAGUCAGCCCUGUAUGCCCAACCACCCCAGACAGCUGUUCAUCUUCACUGAUGGAGAGGUGAAAAACACUAAAGAGGUGCUGGACCUGGUGAAACAUCAUGCUCACUCUCACAGGUGUUUCUCAUUCGGGAUUGGUGAGGGUGCAAGUACCGCCCUCAUCACAGGAAUGGCCAGGGAGGGAUCUGGUCACGCUCAGUUCAUCACAGGCACCGACCGCAUGCAGGCCAAAGUGAUGCAGUCCCUCAGGUUUGCGCUGCAGCCCGCUGUGGUUAAUAUCUCUGUGGAUUGGACCCUUCCAGAUGGCAUUACUGUUGACGCACUGUCUCCACCCAUCAAUGUGCUCUUUCCGGGUCAAAGGUCACUCAUUUAUGCCCAACUUAAAGGAGAGAGUUCAGGAGGCUCUGAGGGAACAGUGACAGUCAAAUACAGUCUGAAAGAUCAACCAGUAACAAACCAGCUCCACUUCUGCCUCAAACCAACUGAGGAAACAGGGUUGGCUGUCCACUAUCUGGCGGCUCGGACCCUGAUCCGUUCUCUGGAGCAGCAGGAGAGGUUAAGUGGUUCAGAUUUGUUUGGAAUCAGGAAAAGUAUAAUGGAUAAAAUGAUUUGCUUCAGGAACAGGAUCAUGAAGCUCAGUGUUCAGGCAGGAGUGAGCAGUGUUUAUACAGCCUUCAUUGCCAUUAAUAAAGAAAGCAGACAGAUUGUGAAAGGACCCCUGCUGCAGAGAAGAGUGCCGGCAUACUGGUCUCUGCGUAUUCCGAACAGACCGUCGCUAAGAGGAGGAGGUCCCGGCUCUGACUGUGAAAGUGAAGAAGAGCAUUGCAGGGGAUCUGCCGGAAAGUCACGUGUCAAGUCUACGUCACGACUGGGUAAGCGACGUUGGUCUCACAAAUUGGACCUGUUACUCCAGCUGGUUUCUCUCCAGAAGGCGUCAGGCUGCUGGGAUCUGGACGCCACACUGGCUGAUGUGUUUUGGGAAGACGGAGGAUGAGCUGACCAAUCAGAAACCAGCACAGGUGGAUGGGUCAGUAUGGGCCACUCUCCUGGCUCUGAUCUGGUUAUACGGCUGUAAAAUAGAGCAGCAGGUCGAGUGGCAGUUUGUGGCCAUGAAGGCAGCGUCAUGGAUCGGCUCUCAGAAAGUGGGCGAUCUGUCUCAGUGUGUGUGUGUGGGUAAUGUCCUGCUCGGAUGUCAUGUGACCAAAGAGGCUCUGGGAAUCUGAAGAUGUCUGUGUUUCUACAGUCUGUUUCGCCAGAAGACAAAAUAAUUGUUACAGUUUCAUUCCCUGUUUUUCUGUUACUUGUUUACUUAAUGUUUAGUCCAUUUAAUUUGUUCAAAUCAACACCAGUUUAUAAAUAUAUGUGAGUGAUCUGCACCAUCAUUUGAGUUUCAUGUACCAAAGGAAAAUAUGUUUGGCUUUCUUAUAAUUUUUCUCAAGAUACAAUCAUUUAAAUGAAUGAGGUCAAGUAAAAACUGUUCUGUUCUGUGUUUUGUUUUUUUUGGUGGUUUUGAGACUGAAAACUUGAAUCCGAUUAAAAAUAAUUGUUCUAAA